UUUUGUUAUUAUAUAUAUUUUUUGUAACAUUGUUCUCCAAUUGGUUUAGAAACAUAAGGAGAAAUAGCAGGAUGUUGCUCAGAUCCUGAUGAAGGCAGAAGGAGAAAUGUGCUUACUCGUCACACUGUGUCACAGGAGCACGAGUUACCUGCAGUUCUUGUGAAGUGAAAGUGAAAGCAGAAUGAUUGCAUGGCGGUUUGUUGGCGCUCCGACUGCAGAUCUCUGAAAUCGGGUCUAUCAUGAUUACUUCUUUUGGUGGACUUUUCCUUGCUUUAUUUUCAGCAGGUAUAUGUGGAACUCAGUCUGUUUAUGAUGUCCAGUGGCUGCCAUGUCAAUUUCAAGAUGAGACGGUACAAAUAAAUGAUGAGGGGAUUAAGGAGGUCAAGUUUCACUAUCGGAGUGCUGGCCUGCAGUUUGGAAAUUCAGGAGACAGCCCCAUAAAUCCCAAUGCUAUCACCUUCCUUGUCACGACAUCAAAGUUGGAUAUGAGGCGUUAUGUACAAGGUGGUGAGGAAUCGCUGGAAUGUGAGAUUCAGCGAUAUAACACUAAACAAAUUGUAAUGCGCUGGCCUGGUUUUGGUGCACAGGAACAUGAUGUCUGGUUCACCUGUAUUUUCCGUCAUAGUCAGGGCUCGUUUAAACUCACCACCUUCCUCAGACAUACACCUGCACAGGAAGGUUUUCAUGAGAAGAUUCAAAUUGGAGACAGACAGCUUCUGACCACCUCAGCUGCAAUGGUUGUCCUGACACGUACGCCUGUCAUUCACGUAAGACUCAUGGAGAAGCAGACGCUGCAUUGUCAGUUUGCUGUGGAUCACAAACAGGCAGAUGUGACGGUAGAGUGGGUUUUCCAGAGACGUGGAGAGCGCACAAAACUUUUUAGUUACUCAAGCCGCACAGGCAAGAGCGAAGGCAGUGGAGUGUCCAUGAAAACAAUUGCGGCAGGAGAUGCCUCUCUGAAACUACCACUCACCAGGCAGACUAGCGAAGGCACUUACGCAUGUUCUGUGUUCAUCCCACCACUUCACACCAACACUGACAUUAUCCUCAACAUUCAAGAACCACCUCGUGUUUCACUGAACGUUGGCCAAACCUUGUCUUUAACUCUGGGUGAGGAGCAGAAGGUGGUGUGUGAAACUCAGGGCUACUACCCGCUCGAUGUGACCAUCGAGUGGCUGCGAGAGCCAGUGGGUUCAGGCCUCGUCCCUGAGGUUCUGAAGAACAUUCUGUACUCCAGCCAUCGACACCAUCAAGAUGGUACAUAUUCGCUCUCAGCUUUCUUCCUGCUUCAGCCUGGACUAGAGUACUCUGGGUACAAGUACACAUGCCGGGUGCAACAUCAGUCCUUGGGCACGCCAAUCCGCAAGAGCUUCACACUCAUUGUGACAGAGCAAGAUUCAACACUGUGGUACUUCUCUGUGUUUGGAUUCAUCAUCAUCAUGCUAGGAAUUCUCAUAUGGCUGGUACCUCAGUUUAUUUCUGCAAGAAGAGAAGCAGCACACAAGAUGUAUUGAAGGUCGAUGCCAGAGGAAUUAUAGGUCCGCUCCAUGGAGACAGACAACAACACAUCCCUCUCUCUACCUCCUCCUUCUCCCUUCAAACCCACAGAUGCUCUACCUGCUGCAUCGCUGGAACAUUUUUCAGCUAAAGACGUCGUUGUAAACGCCAGUGUCUGAUCCCGUGGUUUAUGGGGGCACUUACACUCAGUAAUGGAGCCAUAUGUGAGGAAUAACAAAGUCCUCUGAGUCUAAUUGCAAGACGGCUGCCAGAGCAUUGUUUUUAUUAGUAAAUUUGCAAAGUGUAAAAGAAUGAAAUACUAACAAUUCAAAGAGAUGUUGUGAAUAAUUUGUGUUUUGUUUGUGAUGACUAUUACUGGCUCAUAACACUGGCCAUCAUUGAAAAAACUACAGAACUAAACAGUCUGUUUAAAUUUUCCGAUGUUCAAAUUAUUAAACUUCUAUUAUUUUCUCCAGGAUUCAAUAAAAGUAAAAUUAUAAAAAUA